CGUUGCCUCCAUGUCGUAGCGAACGUAAACAGUGAAAUAUGGCGGAAGUGCUACAGGAAGUAUUUAUUGGAGUAUGCGCAGUGGGUGCGCGUCCUCACCACCGGGCUGGCUGCACUAUGAGCCACUUGUUGAUAUAAAUGUCACUUUAUAUCUGUUGCUAAACAGAGGAAAUGAGAGCUGUCCUGGCAUGGAAGGAGACAAUUCGAGAUCAAUGCGUUUAUGACCUUGCCUUCAAGCCAGAUGGCAGCCAAGUUAUCAUUGCAGCCGGCCUUCGGGUUCUGGUGUACAAUACAUCAGAUGGAGCCAUGGUUUAUCCCCUAAAGGGGCACAAAGACAUUGUUUACUGUGUGGCUUAUGCCAAAGAUGGUAAACGGUUUGCAUCAGGAUCCGCAGACAAAAGCAUUAUAAUAUGGACUUCAAAUUUGGAGGGAAUUUUGAAGUAUACUCACAACGACUCUAUUCAGUGUAUCGCCUAUAAUCCAGUCACGCAUCAACUUGCUUCAUGUUCUUCUGGGGACUUCGGCUUGUGGUCUCCGGAGCAGAAGUCUGUGAAUAAGCAUAAAGUAAACAGCAAAAUAACAUGUUGUGGGUGGACAAACGAUGGCCAGUAUCUUGCCCUUGGCAUGAUGAAUGGAGUGGUCAGCAUUCGGAACAAAAAUGGCGAAGAGAAAGUUAAGAUAGAACGACCAGGAGGCUCCUCAUCACCCAUCUGGUCCAUUGCAUGGAACCCCUCAAAAGACGAACAGAGUGACAUUCUGGCGGUGGCAGACUGGGGUCAGAAGCUGUCCUUCUACCAGUUGAGUGGGAAGCAGAUCGGCAAGGACAGAACCCUCACCUAUGACCCUUGUUGCGUCAGCUACUUCUCCAAGGGAGAGUACAUUGUCAUGGGUGGCUCUGAUAAGCAGGCCUCGCUCUACACCAAAGAUGGAGUCCGGCUCGGCACCAUCGGAGAGCAGAAUUCCUGGGUGUGGACGUGUCGGGUGAAGCCUGACUCCAACUUUGUGGUGCUGGGCUGCCAGGAUGGGACUCUCUGCUGCUACCAACUUAUCUUCAGUACAGUUCACGGCCUCUACAAGGACCGCUAUGCUUACAGAGACAGCAUGACUGAUGUCAUCGUCCAGCAUCUCAUCACGGAACAAAAAGUGAGGAUCAAGUGUCGGGAGCUUGUGAAAAAGAUCGCCAUCUACAGGAAUCGUCUGGCCAUUCAGCUCCCUGAGAAGAUCCUCAUCUACGAACUGUACUCGGAUGACUCUUCGGACAUGCACUACCGGGUCAAGGAGAAGAUCUGCAGGAGGUUUGAAUGCAACCUGCUUGUCGUCUGCUCUCAGCACAUCAUCCUGUGUCAGGAGAAGAGGCUUCAGUGUCUGUCCUUCAACAGUGUCAAAGAGAAAGAAUGGGUGAUGGAGUCCCUUAUUCGUUAUAUCAAAGUGAUCGGUGGCCCACAAGGCAGAGAAGGACUGCUAGUCGGGCUGAAGAAUGGAGCUAUCCUGAAGAUAUUCGUUGACAACCCGUUCCCCAUCACGCUGCUGAAGUUGACGACAUCUGUGCGCUGCCUGGACAUGAGCGCCUCGCGCAAUAAGCUGGCUGUGGUGGAUGAACACAAUACUCUGCUUGUCUAUGACAUCAACAGUAAAGAACUGCUUUUUCAGGAGCCCAACGCUAACAGCGUGGCCUGGAACACCCAGUGUGAGGACAUGCUGUGCUUCUCUGGCAAUGGCUACCUUAAUAUCAAGGCCAGCAAUUUCCCUGUUCAUCAGCAGAAGAUGCAGGGCUUUAUGGUUGGAUACAACGGCUCCAAAAUCUUCUGUCUGCACGUCUACUCCAUGUCAGCGGUAGAGGUGCCUCAGUCGGCACCAAUGUAUCAGUAUCUGGAGAAGAAGAUGUUCAAGGAGGCCUAUCAGAUCGCCUGUCUGGGUGUGACGGACAGUAACUGGAGGGAUUUGGCCACAGAGUCCCUGGAGGGACUCGACUUCGAUACGGCUAAGAAGGCUUUUACUCGAAUCAGAGACCUGCGCUACUUGGAGCUCAUCAACAGCAUUGAGGAGAGGAAGAAGCGAGGUGAGAGCAACAAUGAGCUGUUCCUGGCAGACGUCUAUGCCUACCAGGGGAAAUUCCACGAGGCAGCCAAGCUCUACAAACGCACCGGCGAGGAAUCCAGAGCCUUGAGCAUGUACACUGACCUCCGUAUGUUCGAGUACGCCAAGGAUUUUGUCGGUGCCACAGACCCAAAGAGCUCCCGGAUCUUGAUGACAAAGCAGGCAGACUGGGCUAAAAGCAGCAAAGAGCCUCGUGCAGCGGCGGAGAUGUACCUGUCAGCAGGAGAGCAUCUCAAGGCCAUCGACAUUAUCGGGGAGCACGGCUGGGUCGACAUGCUGAUUGACAUUGCCCGUAAGUUGGACAAGGCUGAACGUGAGCUGCUGGCAAAGUGUGCGUUCUACUUUAAAAAGCUGGAGCACCACGGCUACGCCUCAGAGACUUACUCCAAGAUGGGCGACCUGCUGGCGCUGGCUCAGCUGCAUGUGGAAACCCGGCACUGGGAAGAGGCGUUCUCGCUAGUGGACAAGCACCCGCAGUUCCGGAAUGACGUCUUCGUGCCGUACGCUCAGUGGUUGGCUGAGAACGACCGCUUCGAAGAGGCGCAGAAAGCGUUUCACAAAGCCGGGCGGCAAACUGAGGCUGUGAAAGUCUUGGAACAGCUUACCCACAAUGCCGUGGUGGAGAACAGGUUCAACGAUGCGGGGUUUUAUUAUUGGAUGCUCUCCAUGCAAUGUCUGGACAUCGCCAGAGAGAAUGAAGAUCAGAGAGAGGAGAUGCUGAAGAAGUUUGAACGCUUCCAGCACCUCGCCGAGCUCUACCACGUCUACCGGUCCAUCCAGCGCUACACUGACGAGCCUUUCAGCUCCCACAUGCCUGAGACGCUGUUCAACAUCUGCAGGUUUCUCCUGAACAAUCUGACCAAAGAUGUUCCACCAGGCAUCUCUAAAGUGAACACCUUGUACGCGUUGGCCAAGCAGAGUGGAAAGCUGCGGGCGUAUAAACUGGCCCGUUACUCCUACGAGAAGCUCCAGGAGCUGCAUGUUCCCUCGCGCUUCCAGGAGUCUAUCGAGCUGGGCAGCCUCAGCAUUCGCUCCAAACCCUUCCACGACAGCGAGGACCUGAUCGACGGCAUGAUGUGCUACCGUUGCUCCACCAACAACCCGCUGCUCAACAGCCAGGGCAGCGUGUGCAUCAACUGCCGGCAGCCUUUCAUCUACUCUGCCUCCUCAUAUGAAGUGCUGCCCCUGGUCCAGUUCUACCUGGAGGACGGCGUCGGCGACGAGGAGGCGGUGUCGCUGAUUGAUCUGGAAGUUCCUCACACGGAGCAGAGGGGGGGGCCACGCUGGCAGGAUAUAGACAAUGGUGAGCUGCAGGCGCUGCGGAUGGACGACGGCCCGGACUCCGCCAAGGAAGAUCCCUUCACCGCCAAAAUGAGCUUUGAGCAGGGCGGCUCCACCUUCGUCCCCGUCAAGGUCAGCCGCUCGGUGCUGCGCUCCAUGAGCCGCCGGGACGUCCUGAUCAAGCGCUGGCCUCGGCCGCUCAAGUGGGAGUACUUCCGCUCGCUGCUGCCCGACGUCAGCAUCACCAUGUGUCCCACCUGCUUCAAGAUGUUUCACAGUGAGGACUAUGAGCUGCUGGUGCUGCAGCACAACUGCUGCCCGUACUGCAGGCGCCCCAUCGACGAGCCCAGCUGAGGGCGACUCAACAAGACGGUCAUCAAUUCAACCCACCCCGUCGGUGAAGUGGGUGUUUGUGCUGACACCAGCACACGUCGCAUCAACCCAACUGGAUUGUUGGGAUCAGAUUACCUCACGCCGCCGUCAAUUUCAUCAUGAAACAACUAAAAUUAUUAAUAUAUGAAGACUGUUUUUAGCCUCUCAAGUUUUUAACGUUUACAUCGGCACCGGCUGCCUUUUAAAGAAUACCCCGUUCAUAACCGUGUACAUUUGGAGUGUGUUUUUAAACAGAUUAUUAUGUGUGAGUCAGCUGCAGUUGUUGUGACCUUGAAGUAAAGUCAUUGUUGCUUUUUAAUCCUUUUUAAAAUUUGCUAUGAACUUAAAAAAA